AUGGAUAUAUCGAAAGCUACAGGAGCAGACGAUAUUUCGGCUAAAGUCUUGAAGACUGCUGCUUCCUAUAGCAGCAACGUUGUAUCUAACAUAUCCAAUGCAUGCUAUCAGUAUGGUCGUUUUCCGUCGUCAUGGAAAACGGCCAGAGUGACACCAUUGUUUAAAGGCAGGUCCAAGACUGAUCGUGACAACAGAAGGGCAAUUUCCGUUCUGCUCUGCAUAUCAAAGGCGCAAGAAAUAUUUGCCAAUCUCGAUCUACAAGAAUUUGGAACGAAGAAUAAUCUUAUCGGCGACCAUCAAUUUGCGUACGCCAGAAACUCGCCAACUAUAGGAGCAUUUAUUAUUACCGUUGACUCGUGGAAGUUUGCUAUAGACAAGGGAGAGAAAGUUGUUUGCGCCUUCCUAGACUUGAAAAAGGCGUUUGACAUCACAGAUCAUGAUAUCCUGAUAAGCAAACUAUUGAAAACCCAAGUGAUAGGAAACGAACUGAAGUGGUUCACGAGUUAUCGACACGAAAGGAAGCAAUUUUACUUGUCUAGUUCGAAGGCGUGA